UACAAAAAAAAAAAAUGCUUUGGAUAAGAGUGCUUGUGGCGUAUAGUAUAAUUUUAUUUGGAAGUUUCCACGGAGAGUGUGCUGCCGUUCAUAAAGAUAAUAAUACAUAUAAUUCAACAAAAAACUCUCUUAUUGAAGCUCAGUCGAUUGGGAGAAUCGUAAACCGCGUAAAUCAGAAAGAAAUUAAUCAGAACAUCCUGCCACCGCCAAGUUAUUUAGGUGAAACAACUCGCACAUCGAGUACUGAUCCAGAAAAUCCCUGUCCCCAUGAUAUUUCUCAAUUAAAUGCUGCUCCAGAAGCCAAGAUCAAUGAAAACCCAUCAGCUACGCAUAUAAAGUACGGAUCACAAGUAAACACUCAAUCCACUUACUCAUCAGAUUUUCAAUUGCAAAUACAAAACCCACGACCAGUUCAGCACAUACAUUACCACUACAUUGUGCCCAAUUCCACUCCAAAACCGAUCAUAAAUUAUGUGACUCAAUCUCAAUCUGAUUUCAACGCCCACAAUGUUGUUAAUUCAGUAGGUCAACCAUACUCCCCAAUCGACCCUCGGCCAUCGCAUAUCGCAUAUGAAAGCAAUCAGCAGCAUAGCAAUCGAGAAGUUGUGUCAGUCAAUCCUUUGUCCUCAGCGGUGGACAAUGGUGGAUUCAUCUACGAUUCCCCGGAUGAGCACCAGGGUCAGGCAUCUGAAAAUACAUCCGUAUACGAAUUUAGGGAUCCUGGCCAGACUAUAAAGGAUGAACUGCAAAGGGAGGAGGCUUUACUGAAAACAAGUUCGGAGUUUUCCAUAAGCCAGCCAAUUUCGAAUCAUCAAGUGGAUGUAGUCAGUCCAUUUCCGAAUCAGACGGAAGUUUACUUUAUUAAGUACUACGAUGAACAUAACAAAACUACUACUUCACCCGAGUCCCAGAUCAAAAUGGAUACUUCAAGUGAGGUUUCAGAUGGAAGUGGUUUAAUAGACAUCAGGGCAGGAAUAGCUGAAACUAUGGAUGGACAUAUAGAGACAACGACUCCAUAUAAUGAACAUUCUGCAUACAACGUUCCAUUGAAUUAGCAUAUAACUU